GGAGGGGGGAGGAGGGAGGGGGCCCUGGCCCGCGGAGGAAGAGAGGCGAGGGGGCGGCUGUGGCAGCGCGCGGCGGCGGCGGCGGCGGCGGCGGCGGCGGCAGCGGCGGCGGCGGUGGCGGCGCGGAGAGCUGGAAGCUGGAGCCCAGAGCUUGGCCCGGCAGCGCGAGAGGAGCAGCCGCAGGAACUGCAACCUUGCUAGCUUGGGCCGAGCCCCGUUACACUAGCCUGGCUGGUCCACGCCAGCCGCAGACAGUGGCUGAGCAUGGAGCUGUCCCCCCGCAGUCCUCCAGAGAUGCUGGAGUCGGAUUGCCCGUCACCUCUGGAGCUGAAGUCAGCCCCCAGCAAGAAGAUGUGGAUUAAGCUACGGUCUCUGCUGCGCUACAUGGUGAAGCAGUUGGAGAAUGGGGAGGUUAACAUCGAGGAGCUGAAGAAAAACCUGGAAUACACAGCUUCCCUGCUGGAAGCUGUCUACAUUGAUGAGACACGGCAAAUCCUGGACACUGAGGAUGAGCUUCGGGAGCUUCGUUCAGAUGCUGUGCCUUCAGAGGUGCGGGACUGGCUGGCCUCCACCUUCACCCAGCAGACUCGAGCCAAAGGUCGCAGGGCAGAAGAAAAACCCAAGUUCCGCAGCAUCGUGCAUGCUGUGCAGGCUGGGAUCUUCGUGGAGCGGAUGUUUCGGAGAACGUAUACCUCUGUGGGCCCCACGUAUUCUACUGCAGUCCACAACUGUCUCAAGAACCUGGACCUCUGGUGCUUUGAUGUCUUUUCCUUGAAUCGGGCAGCUGAUGACCACGCACUGAGGACCAUUGUUUUCGAAUUGCUGACUCGGCAUAGCCUCAUCAGUCGCUUCAAGAUUCCCACUGUAUUUCUGAUGAGUUUUCUGGAAGCCUUGGAGACAGGCUAUGGGAAAUAUAAGAACCCUUACCACAACCAGAUUCAUGCAGCCGAUGUGACCCAGACUGUACAUUGCUUCCUGCUCCGCACAGGCAUGGUGCACUGCCUGUCAGAAAUUGAGAUCUUGGCCAUCAUCUUUGCUGCAGCCAUCCAUGACUAUGAGCACACAGGCACAACCAACAGCUUCCACAUCCAGACCAAGUCAGAAUGUGCCAUCUUGUACAAUGAUCGCUCGGUGCUGGAGAAUCACCACAUCAGCUCUGUUUUUCGUCUGAUGCAGGAUGAUGAGAUGAACAUUUUUAUCAAUCUCACCAAGGAUGAGUUUGUAGAGCUGCGGGCCCUGGUCAUUGAAAUGGUGUUGGCCACAGACAUGUCCUGCCAUUUUCAGCAAGUGAAGUCCAUGAAGACAGCCCUGCAGCAGCUGGAAAGGAUUGACAAAUCCAAGGCUCUAUCUCUUCUGCUUCAUGCUGCUGACAUCAGCCACCCAACCAAGCAGUGGUCAGUUCACAGCCGCUGGACCAAGGCCCUAAUGGAAGAGUUCUUCCGCCAGGGUGACAAGGAGGCAGAGCUGGGCCUGCCUUUCUCUCCACUCUGUGAUCGCACCUCCACAUUGGUGGCCCAGUCCCAGAUAGGUUUCAUUGACUUCAUUGUGGAGCCUACUUUCUCUGUGCUGACUGAUGUGGCAGAGAAGAGUGUCCAGCCCUUGUCAGACGAUGAUUCCAAGUCUAAAAGUCAGCCCAGCUUCCAGUGGCGCCAGCCUUCUUUGGAUGUGGAUGUAGGAGACCCCAACCCUGAUGUGGUCAGUUUCCGCUCCACCUGGACCAAGUACAUUCAAGAGAACAAACAGAAGUGGAAGGAACGAGCAGCUAGUGGCAUCACCAACCAGAUGUCCAUCGAUGAACUGUCCCCCUGUGAGGAAGAGGCCCCACCCUCCCCUGCAGAAGAUGAGCACAACCAGAAUGGAAAUCUGGAUUAGGGAACUGGGGGCUGGCCAGGUCCUCACUGAGCCCAAAGUCUUCGAUGUCAUUAGCACUAUCCAUCAGGACUGGUUCCCCCAUCUGCUCCAAGGGAUUGUUUUGGUCAUGGGAGAGACAGCCCACCUAAGAGCCAAAUGUUGGAGCUGGUGGGGUGGGGGAAGUGCCCCUCUCCACCCAACACUCACUGGGGCACAAGCCUUGGGAACCACAGGCCCCAGGGGUCACUGUGUCCACCCCUUGCCUGGCCAGGUGGCUACUUGGGAGGUGAGCUUCCUGUGGGCUUCCUACAGCUUAGAGGGGAGGGUCAGAGAUGCCAGCCCCCUGGGCCCUCCCCAUCUUUCUUGCCUCCAAGUUUCUAAGCAAUACAUUUUGGGGGUUCCUCAACCCCCCACCCCAGAUCUUAGCUGGCAGGUCUGGGUUUUUCCUUCUCUUCCCCAGGAAAAGGCCAGAAUAGCAUAGGAAGCUGGCAGCUUUCAAAGCCUUGCAUGGGAAGGGUAGGUGUCCCUUCAGGUACCUUUCUAGGAUGAGGCCGGGGACAUCCUCUUGCCCCCACACUUGUGCUUCUUCAACCCCACUCCCUUUUAAACUCCCUCUUCUGUGCCCAGGCAGUGGCUGGGAGAGGAGAGAAGCCAUUGGGAUUGUCUGAAGGAAGCCUUUCCUGGGGUCCUCAAGAACUUGGGGCUGGUCUGGGUUUGAGGGACUUGUUACUUGCCCUAGCUGAGUCUCUGGCCCUUUGCCUCCUUUCCUGUCCCUGGGGAUUAGGAGGCUCUCAUCCGACCAAUGUCUGUAAAUGUUUUGAGGUCUUCCUUCAGGAUUAUCUUAUAAGCAAAGGAAGGAGAGUACAGCUAGCCCCAGUGCAAGCAGGGUGAGAUUGUUACCCAGCAACCCAUGUUCUCACAGAGCAGGGCCUUCCUGCUUCCCUUCUCCCAGAAUUGGCCUAUGAAGAGAUGCCCUUCCCAUGGGACCCUGGUGGGUGCAAGGUAGAUGGGAAGGGGUUCAGGGCUGUUGUAACCUGGAGCACUCAGAGCAAGUACAGCCAGGCAGAGCCUUUUCCUGUCCUCAGGCUCCUUGCCCCACCUCGCCCCAGAUGAGGCUGAGUCCAGGUGACUGCCUCCUCCUUUCUUGUAAAUACCAGUCGUGCAUUUGUACAGUGGGCCCUGUUCUUGUGAAGUCCACCUCCAUGGUCAUUAGACCUGCCACUCUGAACCGCAUGUAACUCCCCCAUGCUCUUGGUCUUCCAGGCCCCUGCUGUAGGCAGAGAUCAAUAAAGAAGGGAGACUGGCUGGAUGUGUGUGGUGUUCAUGAGGUAGAAGUCCUCUCACAUGUCUUUAUAGUGAUCUGCUAAGUUAGAUAGAACUCUGCUGUGGUAUUCUCCCUGAGCGUUGGAGGGCAACCCAGGGGAAACCUAUCUGGGGGGCAUAUAGCCCUUCACUGCCCAGGCUAUCCUCUUUUUGGCUGUGCACUGCUGCAACAAAGGGGGUGAAAGAAUCUUGCCUUCUCUCCCUCUCUUUAAUUCUUUGGGUUAAUCAGAAUCAACAGCAGGAGAAGCCCGGCUAGGAUCAGAGACCAUUUCUGUUCGUGCAUAGUGUUAGUUUUGCCCUGACCUCAGCAGGUAGGAAAAGGGGUGAGGUGGUCCUUUGAAUUUCUAGCCACUGUGCUCUUUGACAAUCUUUGUAUCAGAAUAGAACAAGGAACAGUGGCUGCACAUUUGGAGGCCAGACAAUUCCAAGUACUGCCAUUCUCAGGGGUCUAGGGACAAGGUACACUUCCCAACCAUUUCCAGCAGAUGGCGCUACAGCAAGUCUUUGCUGGUCUGGGAAUCUGUUUUCCAGCGGCAGUCUCCCAGAGUCUGCAGCCCUGCAGCCCUGCAGCCCUGCAGCCCUGCAAUGAGGGCAGAGCUUUCCACAGCAAGAAAGGAAAACCCUGACAUGACUUCCAUUUCUCUUUAUGCAAGUAGAGGCUAGGUUUCUAUCUGUUUCCUAUUUCCUCCCCUAGUUGGUCCUGAGGGUGGGGGCUGUGGAGUGCAGACAGGAGCUGAGGAAGGAAGGGAUCCCCAGGCUGGAAAGAAGAAAAGCACCAAGGACCUAACACCAAAUUUAUCACUUUUAAAAACAAGAGAUUAAGAAACAUCCAGUGUCCAUGAGGUUCCACACUGCAGUGGCUCUCCCAGGGUGCCAACUCCUGUCAGACCUGUUGCGGGGGAGGAAAGGGAAGGUGACUGAAGGACCACAGGCUCAUCCUUUUUAGUCAGCUCAGCUAUCUACCUUCUGAGGCAGUCCUGCUAUGGAUCUCAGUCUGAGCAUCCUCUCUUUUAGGUAGGGGUUAGGGAGUAUCUCUGCUCUCAGCCCACAAUACUUUGGUUCCAACUGCCCUUUAUUACAAAAAUAAAAUUAAAUCUAUAGCCUACUUCCAUCACCUGUUCCAGAAUGUGUAUACAACAAACUCAAUCUGAUCCUUCCCGCAGUCACUUACUCCCCACUCUCUUUGUCAGAGGAGAUGUGUGGCCUCCGCACAGAGGCUAACUUUUCAGUGACUAAAUAAAGCUGCUCCUUUGUCUACA